CGGGCGCGCCAAGCCCGGGCCCGCGUUCGCUGAGGUGUUGGUGUUACGGGAGGGGCGCUGCUUGGCGCUUUCGGUGGGACCGGAGGGGCGCUGCACGGUGCUUUCAGGGUGACCGGAGGGGCGCUGCUCGGCGCUUUCGGUGGGACCGGAGGGGCGCUGCUCGGCACUCUCGGGGUGACCGGAGGGGCGCUGCUCGGCACUCUCGGGGUGACCGGAGGGGCGCUGCUCGGCGCUCUCGGGGUGACCGGAGGGGCACUGCUCGGUGCUCUCGGGGUGACCGGUGGGGCGCUGCUCCGCGCUCUCGGUGGGACCAGAGGGGCUCUGCUCGGCGCUCUCCGUGGAUCCGGAGGGACGCUGCUCCGCGCUCUCGUUGAAUCCGGAGGGGCGCUGCUCCGCGCUCUCGUUGAAUCCGGAGGGGCGCUGCUCCGCGCUCUCGGUGGAUCCGGAGGGGCUCUGAUCGGCGGAAUCGGUGGGACCGGGAGGGCGCUGCUCCGCGCUCUGGCCGUGGAUGCUCGCCCCGCAGAGAGGAGCUGGGGGUGAGGCCGCCGCGGGCUCGCAGCCUCCACUCAGGGCCGCUGCACUGAAGAUAUUUUCCAAGUAUGGCAAAGUUGUGAAGGUUACUAUAAUGAAAGACAAAGACACGAGGAAGAGUAAAGGUGUUGCAUUUAUUUUGUUUUUGGAUAAAGACUCUGCCUUAAACUGCACCAGAGCAAUAAAUAACAAACAGUUAUUUGGUAGAGUGAUAAAGGCAAGCAUUGCUAUUGAUAAUGGAAGAGCAGCUGAGUUCAUCCGACGGCGAAACUACUUUGAUAAAUCUAAGUGUUAUGAGUGUGGGGAAAGUGGACACUUAAGUUAUGCCUGUCCUAAAAACAUGCUUGGAGAACGUGAGCCUCCCAAGAAGAAAGAAAAGAAGAAGAAGAAGAAAGUUCCUGAACCAGAAGAGGAGGUUGAGGAAGUCGAAGUGAGUGAAGAAGAAGGGGAAGAUCCGGCUCUGGACAGUCUCAGUCAGGCCAUAGCGUUUCAGCAAGCCAAGAUUGAAGAGGAGCAAAACAGAUGGAGAGCCAGUCCAGGAGGUCCCUCAGCCUCCGAUGAUUCCAGACGACCAAGGAUAAAGAAAAGCACAUAUUUCAGUGAUGAAGAAGAACUUAGUGAUUAAAAUUGUAUUUAUUUUGUAAAUAUUAUUCAAAUAAAAUCUUACUGUACAAAAUGCUGUUGCGAUCUAGAGAUUGCUUUUAAUAUUUGAGUAUGUAAGAACACUUAAAUCCAAAUAGUUAUUUACUAUAAUAUUUUAAAAUAAUUUUGAAAUUACCAUGUUUCUAGCUUGCCUUAGCACAGUACAAAUGCUAAAUCUGAAAAUCCACUGUCUAAAGUGUUCUAAACUCUGAGCACCAACAUGAUUCCCAAGGAAUGUGAAACUAUUUCACAAACAGUAUAUAAGUCCCUUUCCUGAUAGAACAAAAUGAGAUAGUAAAUUAGCUCUGACAGACU